AUGCUCGCUGCUACUCUGUCGGCAUUCCUACUCGGACUGCAGUUCGCGUCUGCACUGCCCUAUAACCAAACUGCUGGAGCAGUCUCAGACAUUCAUCAUGUUCUCCACGAUCCACGCUCGGAUGUGUAUCAUGUCUAUCGUCAAGAUGGUUCACUCUAUGGACGAUUCGACCCAGAGACGUUCGCAAGAGAAGUCGAAUAUGAAAGCCUCCAAGCGCGAGCGGGCUCGUCGUGCACUGCUCUGAGCGUAGACGAAGCUAUGAAACUUCCUGGUUGGGGAAAGAUCGAGCAAUAUGCGAAAGACAAGUAUGGUACAGGAGGGUAUAAUCUCGAAACGAACCCAAAAGAUUAUCCGAACGCCCCUGCGACUGUCUGCAUAGAUAGCGAAGUCGUUCAAGUGAAGAUGACGGGAACACCCACCUGUAUAGAUGACAAUGCGACGAUCGCAGGGAAAAUGGUUGGCACGUCAGGAUCGGUCAAAUUGACGUUCCAACAGGGAUAUUCGAACUCUGGAACCUGGAGUGUCAGCAAAUCAAGCGCACUAGCCCAGGCCGUCACUUUCUCUGCAGAACUUUCCCUUCCCGAACUGGGCAAAGCUGGAGGCUCCUCAACGACGACUGCAACCUUCACGAACACCAUUUCCUCAGGAUUUACUACCACCGUAAACAAGCAAGCCACGCAGGAGAUGUCGAUGAAUGCACCAGCUGGCAAAUUCUGCAGUGGAACAAUGAAAUCACGAUCUUGCAACGUCAAUGGUCAAGGCAGAGUCCGCCUGAUCGCUAGUGGUUUCAUAUGCUUCAACUACAAGGACAAGCGAGCACCCGUCAAUGAUCGUAACGGUGCCAAGCACUAUAAGUAUGGUAUCAACAUCCUAAACGCCCUUAAGAACAAGGAUGACCGCUCUUCUUGGUUGGAUUUCACUGGCUCGAUGAAGGCCUCUUCGAAGUCAGAUUAUGCCGCCUCAUGCAAGUAA